AAAAAAAGAAAAAGAAAAAAAGAACGACGGACUUGCCUCCAGUUGUCCAAACCUUGCGUCAUGGAAAGAGUUACUUUGUUGCAGCGCGCACGGGAAUAAACGAUAACACCGGCCCGUGGUCUGUGUUGAUACUACGGAGCAGGAGAUUGCGUAGUUGCUGUUUUUGCUUCUUUUUUUCUUUUUUUUUAUGUAGGUGGGGGGUUUGGAGCUGAAGAUGCGCAGGAACCUGUUUACAAGGAACACGCAGCAAGUUUGAGUCCUUAAGGGGGGGGGGGGGGUGGGGGGUGAACUACGGAGCGGGGCUCACAAUGCGCAGGGAACCCGUCCCUCAUCCCUCUGCGGGGCCACUUUGUCCGAAACAUGUUGGACUCGAGGAUCCCUUCUCCUCUCCGUAGUGAGAACACAAGUGUCCGGAUUCCACGCGAGGUCGCAGGUCCUGUUGCUGAGGAUUUAAAAAGCACCGACGGUGCUCGUGGAGGAGUUCUUUUGGUGAAACCGGUUUUUGUGUGAGCGCGCGUGUGUGCGUGUGUGUAUGUGUUUGAACCUGUUGUGUUUGGGAUGUGAAAGGAGGAAGAGAGUCCCUUCUGUCGUGAGGAAGUCGUGGAGCGUUUAUAGCUGAAAGUCGUUGUUAGGACUUUAAAGUGGAAUAGGCACGAGGACAAUAGACCGAGAGCCUCAAUGGGCUGAGGAUGCAAAGUGUUCACAUGGAGCAUCAAGAUGUCAGCCAAAGCCAAAGCCAAAGCGAUCUACACCUUUCAGAGCGAAAACAAGGAGGAGAUCAGCAUCCAGGAGAACGAGGAGCUGGUCAUCUUUGACGAGAACUCGGUGGACGGCUGGUUUCAGGGGGAGAACAGCCGCGGGGAGAAGGGCCUCUUCCCCGCGUCCUAUGUGGAAAUUAUCCGCAUGCGCUCGAACUCCAACGUGACGGACUGCUCCAUAAGCCCGGCAGGAUCCCUGGGAAACGACUCCUCCUAUUUCCCCUCGACCCCGAACACCCCGCUGCAUUCGCAGCCGAGUUACGACGACGACGACGACGACGACUGGGACGACUGGGACGACCGAUCGACCGUGGUGGACGACGGGGACCACGCCAGGAGCCCCGGGGCCAACGGGCACGCCCGCAGCCCGCCGUCCAACAACCCCAAUGUGCACUACCGGGCCAAGCCACACAUGGAGAGGCAGGACAGCAUCUCCAGCUCGAGGAAGGGCAGCAUGGUGGGCCGGAACCUGAACAGGUUCUCCAGCUUCGUCCGCUCGGGGGUGGAAGCGUUCGUGUUGGGCGACGUGCCCAUGAUGGCGAAGAUAGCGGAGUCGUACACCAUCGAGAUGGGCCCCGUGGGGCCCCUGUGGCAGGAGAGCCCGCAGCCUUUCUCCUGCUCCAUCGAGGACCCCACGAAACAGACAAAGUUCAAGGGCAUCAAGACCUACAUUUCGUACCGGGUCACGCCGAGCCACACGCCGCGUCCCGUCUACAGGCGCUACAAACACUUCGACUGGCUGUACAACCGCUUACUGCACAAGUUCACUGUGAUCUCCGUGCCUCACCUGCCCGAGAAGCAGGCCACGGGGCGAUUCGAGGAGGACUUCAUCGAGAAGCGCAAGCGGCGACUGGUACUGUGGAUGAACCACAUGACCAGCCACCCGGUCCUCUCCCAGUACGAGGGCUUCGAGCACUUCAUGAUGUGCGCCGACGACAAGCAGUGGAAACUGGGCAAGAGGCGUGCGGAGAAGGACGAGAUGGUGGGCGCCCACUUCAUGCUGACCCUGCAGAUCCCCAACGAGCACCAGGACCUUCAGGACGUGGAGGAGCGCAUCGACACCUUCAAGGCCUUUGCCAAGAAAAUGGACGACAGCGUGAUGCAGCUCACGCACGUCGCCUCAGAGCUGGUGCGUAAGCACCUCGGCGGGUUCAGGAAGGAGUUCCAGCGGCUGGGAAAUUCUUUCCAGUCCGUCAGCCUGGCGUUCAUGCUGGACCCUCCCCACAGCUCAGAGGCCCUCAACAAAGCAAUCUCCCACACGGGCCGCACCUACGAGAACAUUGGAGAGAUGUUUGCGGAGCAACCUAAGUACGACCUCUUCCACAUGCUGGACAAGCUGUCGCUCUACCAAGGCCUGCUCGUCAACUUCCCCGACAUCAUUCAUCUACAGAAAGGUGCCUUUGCCAAGGUGAAGGAGAGCCAGCGGAUGAGCGACGAAGGGAAAAUGGACCAGGACGAGGCCGACGGCAUCAGGAAACGCUGCCGGACGGUCGGGUUCGCCCUCCAGGCCGAGAUGAGCCACUUCCACCAGCAGAGAGAGGUGGACUUCAAAGACAUGAUGCAGGCCUACCUCACGGAGCAGAUCGCCUUCUACCAGCGCGUCGUCCAGCAACUGGAGCGCUCCCUGCGCAUGUACGACUCUCUGUGAAGACGCCGAACCGCUGUCCGGUUCAAGAUGCCAAAAACAACAACAACAACAACAACAACGACAACGACACACAAACGAGAAAGAAAGAUCCAAGUCUUUUGACUCUUUCAUCGAGGCGUUUUGUGUUCGUCGUGUUUGGUUCAGUUGGAAAAAGACUUUAAAUUAAGCGAUAGUUACUGAAAAAAAAAAAAAAGAAGUAUAAAACACAUACAGUCUUUCACUUUGAUGGAUUCAAAGUCACUUUUUUCUUUCUUUUUUUUAAAGACCUACUGUACCUUUUUUAUUCCUGUAAUACACAUCCCAUUAGGCAAUAUCGCAGCAUAUUGUUUAUCUGACAUAAUUUAAUGUGUUUGUAACUAUAGGUUUCAGACUCAUAGCGAAUCUGUAGUAGAUUGUUCUAAAGUGUAACGCCAUGAAACGGGUCCUGUUUUGAAAUUGUCCCCUUCUCUCAAACAUCAUGCACUUUGGCUUCUGUUUUUUUUAACCCCCCCCCCCCCCAAUAUAUUUUGGUUUAUUUACCAACAUCUGAUAAACAAUCCGGAUUAAAAAUCAGGUUAGACUUACUUAUACCGCGUAAAUCAGCUUUUUUCUUUUCGCGCUUUUCAUGCAUUAAGUGCCUUUUAAGUGCUUGUGCGUACGUGUGCGUACGUGUGUGUCUUAAAUCAACUGCUACGCUGAUCAAUUCCCAUUUUUUAGCUUAGCAUGAAGACUGGAAAAAGGGGGACGCAGCUAGCGUGUCUCUGUCCGACGCUUAUCUAAUACUUACUGAUUCAAAAUGUUUUAUUUCAUUUGUUUAAACCUGUAAAAAGAAAGUGUAAAAAGUGUAAAAACUUUAAUUAGUUUGGUUUUUUGGGGGGUUUUUUUUUCACCGAGUUGGCUGUUUCCCCCACGUUUCCAGGCAUUAUGCUAAGCUAAGCUAACAAGCUGCUGGCUAGAGCCAAGAACAAAAGCAAAUAGGCAUAUUUCCCAAACUGUUUGACGUAUUCCUUUAUUAAUAAUACCGCGAUGUGUCACUUUUUCUACACAUUUCGUGUCCUGAUUCCGCCCCUUUGAAUGAGAUUUAAGUGACCGCGAGGAUCCGAGUCGCACUCUUCACUGCCUGAACGAGACGCUUAUAACUAAAUAAGAGUUGUUCCAGUGACAUUACUCACCCGGUUUAACAAGAGAAAAACAAAAAAAAUCCAUGGCAACCUGCGGUUUGACGAGGCUAUCUUUAGCGCCGCGCUAACCUAUUUAUGUGGAGUCUGCUUCUGCAAUUAUAAGCAUUACCUCAACACGCGUAUGUGAGCUCGACACGCUCCUCAAGCCCGGGUUUGUUCCUCAGUGGUGGAACACGGACUCUUCAGUUUUGGGAUUUAUCUCUCGGUGGGUGAAACGUGAAAAGGAAACAUUAUUUUGUGACCUCUCUGCCCAUUUGUGUUUGUGUGGUUAUUCACAAAAAUGUGAAGUUAGAGUCUUAUUAUGGUUCUCUCUCAACAAAGAAGUGCUGAUUCAGUGCAGGCUUCUCAGUAAACAAAUGGUUUGUGUGCGUGUGUGUGUGUGUGUGUGUGUGCGUGACUCAGAUAUGUGUCAGUCCACAUCUGCAGCCUUUAACUCUUUGUUGUCUCUGCUUGUUGUUUCCGUUUAUUUUUUUUUAACAACCCCUUUGCUGUUCAUACUCCGAGACCAAAGAAGUAAGACAUUUUCUACUGGGCUUCCUAUUUUUUUGUUUUUUUUAAUGUGUAGUCCGUUAGGUUGAAGUGAAAUUGAAUGUUCUCUUCUGGUUUUGUCAUUUAAUCUGUUCAACUCUGAGGAAAAUGUGAAAGGGAGCAUUUGGAAGAAAACAAAACAAAAACAAAAACAUUCCACAAAGAAACUGUAAAGGACACCAAAUGAGAAGACAUAUUUUUA